AUGGAUCAGAUUGGAGCUAAUCAAAGCCAUUGGAAGGGAGUGUGGUCAUGUGCACAAUAUUUAGGAAAUUUUCUCUGUGCGAACGAGCACGUAUUCCAAAACAGUACGUGUCUCGAAUUAGGCUCUGGCACUGGCGUUGUUGGUCUUGUUUUGGGAAAACUCGCUGUGAAGAAAGUGAUACUCACUGAUUAUCCAAGCGAAGAGAUUUUGUCUUUGUUGAGAAAAAAUGUCGAGAAGAAUCUUCUGACAGCCAAGUGUGAAGUUAGAGGUUUGGACUGGCAAAACACGGAUAACAUUGCUGCAGUUGUGGACAGCCUCACUGACCUCGACUUCCUCGUAGCAGCUGACGUAUUCUACGAUGUUUGCACAUUCCGCCCACUGAUAGCGACGAUUACUGCAUUCUUCGAUAAAUUCCCUAAAUUACGAUUCUAUUUUAGCUAUGAAGAACGAGAUGACAACUGGUCAAUCGAAGAUCUUCUAACCUUCAACAAUCUCCAAGCACGUCUUAUCCAAUCGAGAGAUUACGACGGUGCAAACGUACAAAUCGGAGUGAUCUACCGUAAGAGAAUGACGGGAGCGAUUUUCUGUGGUAUUGAAGGUGGGGCGACAGAAUCGCAUUUGGUGUUUGUGAAUGCGAGCGGUGAAACGCUCGGCAGUUCAUCCUCCGGCGGAACAAAUUACAUUUUGGAUGGUAUUGAGAAGAUUGUGAACAAUAUUGCAACGUGGAUACGAGAAGCGGCCACCAAAAACAAUAUCCAGUUACCAGUGAAAGGCUUGGGACUCGGUUUAUCUGGAGCUGAAGGAGAACGCGAUAACGCUUUGUUCGUCGAAUAUCUUCAAACUCACCAUGGUGACAUAGCAGAGGAAGCGUUUUUGACUUCUGAUUCUGUUGCAACUGUAGCAGCUGCAUUUGAACAUGGUGGGAUAGUCCUGAUUGCUGGCACUGGAUCAUCGUGUCGUGUUCUUCUUGAGGACGGUCGUGUUUUUGGUGUUGGUGGAUGGGGACACGUAAUCGGCGAUGGAGGAAGUGCCUUUUGGAUAGCCAUCAAAGCGAUUCGCUUGUUGUUUGAUGAAGACGACGGCAUGGAAACUCCGCAUGAAUCCACCGAGUUGAUUCGUAGGUUGCUUCUCCAGCACUUCAAUCUUCAAAACAAAGUAGACAUUUUGGAGCUUCUUUACAACAAGUUUAAGAAAUCAAAGAUUGCAUCAUUCACGAAAGUCAUGGCACAACAUCCCGAAGAUCCGGCAAUACAUAAACUCUUCUUCGAGGCUGGUGAGGUUCUGGGCAAACACCUCUUGGUGGCAGCUGGUCAUCUGCCAAGCGAAAACCGUUCCGAAGUCAAUUUAGUGCUGGUCGGAUCAGUCUUCAAAUCAUGGCCAGUCAUCAAAGAUGGAUUUGUCUACGCCAUCCAGGGAUCGUGGAUACCUCGAAUAAACCUAUAUCGUCCAGCUAAAUCGAAGGCGUUAGGUGCAGCUGUACUGGUAGCGAUGAGAAGUGACGUCCGUAUCCCACACCCUAAUAAUGCUGAGCUUUUUGAAACUCUUGAUUUCCCUUCGUGA